AUGGGCGACAGAAGGCGGCUGCCCUGCCCCUUGCUUUUCCUAGUCGCUUUCCCCAAGAGCUACGCCUUCCUUAGCGACUUGACCUUUACCCUUCCGGCUGGCCAGGAGGAAUGUUUCCACAGCCGUGCUCUGAAGGCCUCGCUGGAGGUGCAGCACCAAGUUUUAGAUGGAGCAGGAGCAGACUUUGAUUUCCAUCUUGCCUCUCCAGGAGGCAAAACUUUAGUUUUUGAACAAAGAAAACCAGAUAGAGUUCACACUGUAGAAACUGAAGUUGGUGAUUGCAUGUUCUGCUUUGACAAUGCAUUUGGCACCAUUUCUGAGAAAGUACUUUUCUUUGAAUUAAUCCUGGGGAAUAUGGGAGAACAGGCACAAGAACAAGAAGACUGGAAGAAAGAUAUAAUUGGUACAGAUAUUUUGGAGAUGAAACUGGAAGACAUCCGGGAAUCCAUCAACAGCAUCGUGUCCAGAGUAAGCAAAAGCAUUCACGUACAAACUCUACCUAGCGCAAAUGAAGCUCACGAUCGAAGCAUGCAGGAAAACAACUUUGAUAGAGUCAAUUCCUGGUCUACAGUUAAUUUAGAUGUCAUAGUGCUGGUGUCAGCCACUCAAGUUUAUAUGAAGAUAAAAGGAAAAGUACAACUUAACACUCAACUACUUAACAAAGUUGAAAAAAAAGGCAGAAAAAUACAAUAA